GAGAGAGGAGACGUCAUGGUUUGAGUCCGCGCGCACAGCGAUGCUCGUCCUGAGGUUACUCCGCAGAUUCAAGGAGCUGCAAUGAAGGCGGGGGCGUCUUCCAUGUGGGCGUCGUGCUGCGGGCUCCUGAACGAGGUGAUGGGCACGGGCGCCGUGAGGACCCCACAGCCGGCGUUCGGGGCGGGAGCGGGGCCCUUCCGCUUCGCCCCCAGCGCCGGAUACUCCACCUACCCCCCCACCGGCUCAGGGAGCGCCGGCCAACUGUGCAAGGCCUGUGGACUGGCGUUCUCCGUGUUCAGACGCAAGCACAUCUGCUGCGACUGUAAGAAGAGUUUCUGUGGCCUGUGCUCUGUGCUGAUGGAGAACCUUCGCUGCUGCACCACCUGCCACCUGCUGCGGAGCACCGCCUUCCAGAGAGCGCGCCUCAUGCAGCUCCGCGUCAAGGACCUCCGUCAGUACCUCCUCCUCCGCAACAUCCCCACAGACACCUGCCGCGAGAAGGAGGACCUGGUGGACCUGGUGCUGUGUCACCGGGGCCCCGGCGUCAGCCCCGGCGCGGUGCUGGAGCGGGACGAGGAGGAGGAGGAGGAGGAGGAAGAGGAGGGGCCCGAUGAAGACGAGGACAGAGACGACGGAGACGAAGAUUCAGACAGUCUGCACUCCCCCGCCCAGGCCUCCCCUCCCUCCGCCUCCCACUCCGCCUCACAACUGUCGGUCCUGUCUGCCUCUCAGGGAGACGCUCUGAGCCCGAGUCAGAGCUCAGGCAGCAGCAGCCAGGAGCACGAGGAAACUACAACAGCGUCACUUCUAAACUUGGAUCCCACUGAAAACCUGAUGGAGGUGAGUCCGGCCACUCAGAGGAGGAUCCGAGCGUCUCUGUCUGACCUGGACACUGAGGAGGCCAUCGAGAACCUGUCUGUGCGGCAGCUGAAGGAGAUUCUGGCCAGAAACUUUGUGAAUUACUCUGGCUGCUGUGAGAAGUGGGAGCUGCUGGAGCGAGUGCAUCGACUCUACAGAGAAAACGAGCAGAACAGGAAGUCGAUGGAGAACGUGAGCAUCACAGCAGUGGUUUCAUUCCCUCGUCCCGAGAGCAACAGAGAGGUCAGAGAUGGCGUGAAGUCGCAGUUGUCUCUGGACGAGAACCUGUGCCGUAUCUGCAUGGACGCCAUCAUCGACUGCGUCCUGCUGGAGUGUGGUCACAUGGUCACCUGCACCAAGUGCGGGAAGAGGAUGAGCGAGUGUCCCAUCUGCCGCCAGUACGUGGUCAGGGCCGUGCACGUCUUCAAGUCUUAA